GACGUGACCCGCAGGCGGAAGCGGAAGCGGGGCCGUGCGGGCGCGGCGGCGGCGGUGGCGGCGGCGAUGCUGUCGCUGGACUUUCUGGACGAUGUGCGGCGCAUGAACAAGCGGCAGCUGUACUACCAGGUGCUGAACUUCGGCAUGAUCGUGUCCUCCGCCCUCAUGAUCUGGAAGGGGCUCAUGGUGGUGACGGGCAGCGAGAGUCCCAUCGUGGUGGUGCUGAGUGGGAGUAUGGAGCCUGCUUUCCACAGAGGAGAUCUCCUGUUCCUCACGAACCGAAUUGAGGAUCCCAUCAGAGUGGGAGAAAUUGUCGUCUUCAGGAUAGAAGGAAGGGAAAUUCCUAUAGUCCAUCGUGUCCUGAAAAUCCAUGAGAAGCAAAAUGGAGACAUCAAAUUUCUGACAAAGGGAGACAACAAUGCUGUGGAUGACAGAGGGCUCUACAAGCAGGGGCAGCACUGGCUGGAGAAGAAGGAUGUAGUAGGACGAGCAAGAGGAUUUGUGCCCUACAUUGGAAUAGUGACUAUCUUAAUGAACGAUUAUCCAAAAUUUAAGUAUGCAGUCCUCUUUUUACUGGGUUUAUUUGUGCUGGUCCAUCGAGAGUAGUCCCUUGCACUGAACUACCAGAUGAAGGUGCCAUGGAAUUUUCUAGAUGAACCUUUAAAGUAGCUGAUGGUCCAGUGUACCAGGAGAAAGAAGAAAGCAUGCAUUUCAAAGCUUCGUGCCAGUUUGGGUUUGUUUUGGUUUUUACUGCUCAAGGGCGAAUGUUUGUCACAGUAUUUCCAAUGGUUUGUCACAUUUUAGCCUUUUUAGUGAAUUUUUAUAUUAAAAAUUUGAGCCAAAGUGUUUAGUGCUUGUACUUUGAAGCUGAGCUUCCUCUCCAAGUGCCUCUGGGAUCGUGUCCUCAGUCUGUGCCUGGCCGGGCCAGGUGCCCCCUCCCUUGUGCUCACUGAACUGUCCACUGGUGAGUUGUGGCCAUGACAGUUUUUUUCCAAUUCAGAACUGGAAUAAAGAUUUUGCCUCUUGCCA